AUGCCAGAUGCUUUGAAAGUUUCCCAACUUGCACCUGUCCUAAAGAAAAUAUCGAUGGAUCCUGAAGAUAUGAGUAGUUUUCGUCCAAUCUCAAAUUUACAGUUUAUCUCGAAGACGAUCGAACGAGUCGCAUCUCCCCAACUUAUCGAUUAUCUAAUGGAAAAUAAAAUAUAUCCAAAUCUCCAAUCUGCGUUCAGAAAGGGAUAUAGCACUGAAACAGCUCUUUUACGUGUUCAAAACGAUCUCUUAGAGGCACUUGAUUCUGGCCAUCAAGCUCUUCUAGUAAUGCUCGAUUUUUCUGCAGCUUUCGAUACAAUUGACCAUCAAAUUCUACUUGGCCGUCUGAAAUCUCGCUUUGGAAUUUGUGGUACAGCUCUAUCCUGGUUUCGGUCAUAUCUCACAUCUCGAACUCAGUAUGUAAAAGUAAACGGUAAAACUUCGGCAUCAACUCCGCUAUUACAAGGUGUGCCUCAGGGAUCGGUUCUCGGACCAUUGCUUUUUUCUCUUUACGUUUCUCCACUAGAAGAUAUUUUUACUGCCCAUGACAUUGAUGCUAUGAUCUAUGCUGAUGAUACUCAACUUUACAUUAUCCUAAAGAAACACGAUUCUGACACUGCCAUUCAGCGUCUUGAACAUUGUCUUCAUGAUAUUCAGGCUUGGUGCCUUCAAAACAAACUGGUUUUAAACGAUGGAAAAACUGAAGCUAUCUAUAUACAUUCUGCAUAUGCUAAAUCAUAUCCAGCUCCUCCCAGCGUCUAUAUUGGUGAUAGCUUAAUCAAGAUCAAAACUGAGGUCCGUGACCUUGGCGCCAUUGUGGACGAAAAUCUCUCUCUGAAGAGUCAUGUAAAUUCAAUCUGUAAAACAGCUUACAUUGCUUUGAGGAACAUUGGCAGUAUACGGAAGUAUCUUGACCAAUCGACUGCGGAGCGGUUGGUUCAUGCUUUUGUCACAUCUCGUCUUGAUUAUUGCAACAGUCUCCUCUAUGAGCUUCCACAACGUGAGAUUGAGAAACUACAACAUGUACAAAACACAGCCGCUAGAAUUGUGUCAAGGUCAAAUAAAAGAGAGCAUAUUACUCCCAUUUGGAAAGAACUUCAUUGGCUUCCUAUACAAAGCCGUAUCCAAUUUAAACUUGGGUUAAUAGUAUUUAAAGCUUUAAAUAAUUUGGCGCCAUCCUAUCUUCAAAACCUUCUGAAAAUACAUCAGCCUUCGCGGUGUUUAAGAUCUGCUUCUAAAAAUUUGCUUCAAGAACCAAGGACAAUCACGAAAACAUAUGGCGAUAGAACAUUUAGGAAGGCUGGAUCGGCGUUUUGGAAUAGCCUGCCUGAUGAAUUGAGACUAGAGACAUCUGUUGAUAUUUUUAAAAAUAAACUUAAGACUCUUCUUUUUAACCAAGCUUACAGUUAG